GUAACUGAAAAUCUAGCAUUUGUGGUAAAACAAAGCUCAGUAACAAUAUUGUUAUAUAUAUAGUCCUUCUUCACCAUCGGCAUAGAGCUCGAUAAGCGCGGCUUCUGUAAAGCUCCGUCGCCGUAUCCGAAGCUCAAAAAGCUUCAUCAAUGGCGUCCCUUGUCCUACCUUCAUCUAAACUUCUCCUCCAUAGUCGAACCCAACACAAUGUCCAACCAUUUCUUCUCCCUCGCUCCUCCCCUAAAACACCAUUCUUCAUCUCCUCACCGUCUUUCCGUCGUCAACACUCUACUUGCUCCUCAGCUUCCAAGAACCCAUCGGAAGCUCUCACGGCGGAGAAGACGACUGAGAACAAGAAACAGCCGGAGAAGAAGCAUUUGAGCGAGGAGGAAGAAGCAGAAGAGGAAAUAGAGGAGGAUAUGCUGUGGAUUCAAGAGAAGGCGUUAGAGCUAGUCCAGUUCACUGGUUCAGUGGCUCAGGCGCUUCCAGGUCCCCGAGUUGGAAGCACCAAGUUGCCGUGGAUGCUCGCCGUCCCGUUAACUUACGCCGGCGCCACUCUCGUCACUGCCGUCGUCAAAACCGUUAAUAACUUCUCUUCUCCUAACGCACAACGCAAGAAACUAGUGAAUCAGAAUGCAAUGCUGUGUAGAUCUAUCGACGAGCUGUUACAGAGAGAAGGCACUGUGAGUAGCUUUGAGCUCAAGGCACUUGAAGAAAAGACAGAGUUUAACAUGGAGGAGAUCUUGCGGAAGUACAUUCACUACGCGUUGAAUGAGAAACCGUUUAAUCCUGACCUUGUUGCAAGUCUUAUACAUCUCAGAAGAGCUUCUGGUUUGAAUGAGUCUCAGAUUCCUGAGGUUUUAAAUGAGAUCUCCCGUGGUAUUGUUAAAGACAAAGGUCCUGUUGUGAUGAAUAAGCAGGGGUUUACAGAGAAAGGUUUCAAGAGAAAACUAGCCGUGCAGACGCUUUUUGGAAAGAUAUACUAUCUUUCCGAGCUUCCUGACUUCUGCUUAAAAGACAAUUCCUUGGUUGUCAAGGAAAUAUUCGGAGUUACAGGUGAAGAGGCAGAGAAGCUGAGGAUACAGGCGCUUGCUGAAGCUGGAGACUUGGACUCACUUGAGAAAAUGGUGGAGUUUGAGAAAGCGGCUGAUUCUUCUUCUUCGGAUAGAGAAGAUUCAAAUGAAGAAGAUGAUUCCACUACUAUUCCUUAAGAUACAUGUUCAAGAAACCACAACUUCAAUACUAAUAAAAAAUACUUUUCCAAA